CAUUCAGAGAAAUAUACCAGUAGCUCUUCUUUGCUUUCUUCUUUACCUUUCUCCUUCGUCUUCUACCUUUCUUCAUUUCCAUCAAAAUCUCAGCAGAAGCAUGCUAUCAAAUCAUAGCCACACAAAAGACGUGUUAAUGUUUACAAGUAAUCGAGUCCAAAUAAUAUAAAAGCUGCUUCUUCUAAUUCUUCUUCGUUUCAAAUUAGACAGAAAAGAUUUUGCUUUUAAUUUAUUUCUCUCACUUGAAGAACAGCACCAUGGAAGAAAAAAUGGAGGCCUCAACAACCAAGUUUCUUGUCCUGGCCACACAUUGCCUUGCUCUUUUGGGGCCGUUUUAUUUCAACUGGUCUGCGUUUUGUCUGGCUGUGGCACUCUAUUUUGUUACAGGUGUGGGUAUUACUCUGUCCUUCCAUAGAAACCUCGCUCACCGCAGCUUUAAGCUUCCUAGAUGGCUCGAGUACUCUUUCGCCUACUGCGCCGUCCUUUCGCUCCAGGGAAGCCCAAUUGAAUGGGUGAGCACACACAGAAUCCAUCAUCAGUUUACAGACACAUGGGAUGAUCCUCACAGUCCCAUUAAGGGAUUUUGGUACAGUCAUAUUGGUUGGCUUGUUGACUAUCAUUCUCGGUUUGGAACCCCUGACACACUAGAAUUCAAGAAUGUCGGAGACUUAAAGAAGCAGUGGUACUAUAGGUUUAUUCACUGUACGUAUCCUUAUCACUCUGUAGCUCUUGGAAUUCUGCUAUAUGCUGGAGGAGGGCUACCAUUCUUGGUUUGGGGAAUGGGUGUAAGGACUGUAUUUUUACUCCACAUUACCUUCUCAAUAAACUCGAUCUGCCACAUAUGGGGAAAGCAAGUAUGGAAUACUGGUGAUUUGUCUAGAAACAACUGGUUGUUAGGUUUGCUAGCGCAUGGCGAAGGUUGGCACAAUAAUCAUCAUGCCUUUGAGUACUCAGCUCGACAAGGCUUGGAAUGGUGGGAGAUUGACACUACUUGGUAUGUAAUAAGCUUCCUAGAAGCCAUUGGUUUGGCUACAGACGUAAAACUCCCAAAUGAAGCUCAUAAGAAAAGAAAGGCUUUUUGCAAGAAUAGCAGUACCAUCCAGUAAUUGUUGAUCAGAAGUCGAUCGGGAUUUAAGCAACAACGUAUAGAAAGUGUAAUGAAUAUUGGGGGUCAUU